UGAUAUACACGUUAGAGAUUUGUUUGCUUAGGAGCCUCGCUCGCCGAGCGGAUAUUACCUCACCACCUAGCGCCUACUUACUAACAGCAAGCAUUCGAUAUUGAUGGUUAUAAUAGUACCGAAUGUUUCACUUUCCUAGAUCUCUUGUUCUACUCAUUUACUCUUAGUAACGAUCUGGAACGGUUUAAUUCAAUCAUGGAAUCGGGAUCAUCUCAAACGCUCGCAACACAGCAAUCAACAUCAAAAUCAAACGAUCAUUCUCGCGAUCACUCCUCCCAGAGCGUCGAACGGAGAGCUGACCCGCCAGAGCUCCUAUCCCCACGAAACACCUUGCCCCGAAAAGUUAGCAAAAUCGGGACCAGUAUCUCAAGUACAUGGAAGUUAUGGAAAUGGGAGAUUAUUGUAUCUUUUCUUGCUCCGACUGUGGUUAUCAUCAUAUUUGCGACCCUCUAUCCACACGAUGGACGCCCAAUGCCCGAGUGGCCGUUACGGAUAUCGGUGAAUGCCUUACUUUCAAUUUACUCCAUGAUGCUAAAAGCUAGCAUAUCAUUCAUUAUUGUUUCAUGCAUUGGUCAACUUCAAUGGAGUUGGUUCUCGCGAGGGCGUCCAUUAUAUGAUCUAGUCCAAUACGACAAUGCGUCACGUGGAGCAUGGGGCUCGAUACAGUUGCUAUGGUCCCAACGCCUAAGUCAGCCCCUCACAACUCUAAGCGGAUUUAUAUUUAUUUUAUCCUUGGGAAUUGACCCAUCUAUACAACAGCUUAUGAAGCCAUCUGACUGCAGUGUGUCAGUAAGUGAUGGGAAAGCUGUCUUACCCCGAACCAAUAAGAUUGGCGUCCUAAAAGAAAAUACCUUCUUUAAUGACGACAUUAACUUAGCAAUACGACGGGGAUUUUCAGGAUCAGGGAGUGGCAUAUAUUACGAUUGCACUACUGGCAACUGUUCGUUUCCGGAUUAUGGGACCAUUGGAUACUGCAGCUUUUGUGAAGACAUAUCCAAUGAAAUCACUAUCGAUACAUUUAACUCUUCUGUCCCUGACUCUAGUUGCCCUGGGCCUAUGACGGACUCAACAAUUAAAUCCAGCCUUCCUAUCAAUUCAUACGCUACUUCACAUGACCCAUCACAGCUGGAUGUAUCUUUCAAUUUCAGCACUUGCCCAUCCGUCGACUAUUUGUGGGCGUCUAAUGGAACUUUUGAACUGGCCAAGAUGGAUGUUUUGGGUAAUUACCCCAACUACAGCAUACCAGGAGCGGUUACAGCUCAGAUACUUGCCGGCAAGACAUACAGUUCUGACAAACAUACGGAUGAAUCCACUGGUCAAAUCAUACCUGGUUGUCAAAACGAUCUUUCCAAUUCUUGGCGCUGUAGACAAUAUGGGGCUGCCACUUGCACUCUUCAACCAUGCGUGCGGGUAUAUAACGCGACGGUAGAAGCAGGCCAUCUUACCGAGCAUUUAAUUGCUCAUUCAGGCAACUUAGCCUGGGAAAAUGAUACAAGGGAAGGUGGUCUGAUAGACACGCAUUGCCUUACACCGGAAGACAAGAGAACACUUGAGGAGCAGGGGUAUAUCGUCAACGAGGCUUCUCGUUGGCUUCCCUACAAUACAACAGAUCUAGAGCGGACUUCUGCGAUGGUUGAAAUAACCAAUUCGCUCCUUCGUCAAAAGUGUUUAUAUUUAUCAUCGGGGCUUUUCCAUAAUAUAGCCUCUGCGAUGUACAUAUAUUUCAUCGGCACUGUUGAAGCCCUCCCGUUCUCUUAUGAUUCCAGCAACUUCACCCUUUGCUCCUUCAUGGGGCUUGAAAUACUAAAUCACAUUUACAAUUCCGGACACGUAAAUUUCAACCGUGUCCAGGGGACAUUCUCGAACAUUUCCGAGUCACUCACUACGUACAUUCGAACCUACGCUGAGGAUACCUACUCAGAACCCGCCCUUGGUCAAGCGUUCCACUAUGCGACAUGCAUACAAGUUCAGUGGCGAUGGAUAGCGUUUCCAUCGUCGAUAACCUUAAUAACCCUGGCACUAUUCAUAGCGACAUUGUACUCCAGGCCUCUGGGACACUUUCCGGCUUGGAAAACAUCCUUUCUUCCUUGGAUGAUAUUGGGGCCCGGCAGCGCUGAACUCCUGAAUUCGGAUGAAUUGGAGGAAACAUCAUUCGAUAUAGACGAUAUGGAAAAGAAGUCUAGAGAGGUCACGGUCACUUGGAAACCUGAACCUAGCCCGCAUAUCGAGUUAUGAAUAACCACCUAUCAUGGUGAUAGUUCACUGCCACAAUACAUACACAGAUACUCAAUGUGUAACCCCGAUGGUCAACGGUUGAUUUUCCGCGUACUUUAGACUCCUGUUCACCCAAGUCGGAUUGAGGUUUCUCUUCCGAAUCAUCCCCGCCAUCCCACUUGGAAUACAAGUCCUUCGGUAACAUCGGCUUAUCAUUGGUCUCUCUAAUCACCAAAUAACCCCUCACAGCGUCGUAUUUGACUGUAGCCCUUCCGCCGUAUCCCUUCGUCACGCUAAUGAUCUUCUUAAUGAGAGCGGCCAGGUUCCUCAAGUUCGCCUGGUUUCCCUGCUCCCAUCUUCUGAUAUCCGCCGAUACAUCUUCGACGCGCGGCUCCUGAAAAAUGCCACGGGUAUGGUAUGCUCGAACAAG